AUUCAUUAUGUUAUAUAGUCAAAUUUAUAUUUUGAACCUAUAAAUAUCAAGUGUCAACUUCAGCUCGUGUGUGUCGUCUCAAUAUCACUGGUUUAGUUCAUCAUCUCCCGGUAAAUGACGUCAUUUCAGCUGCAAUCACCAAACUGUCCGUCACUUUCUGUCCGAUCAUCGCCGUCAACUGUACAAUAUCGUAUGCCUCAAACCUAUAAGCUUACAUGUAACUCUUCUUUUACCAGGUUGAAAAUGUCAAUUCCGUCAACCCCACAAACUGUUCUAGGUUGUGGGAUGGCGGCGGUGGAUUUUCUAGUUGCUGUUGAUUCUUUUCCUAAACCUGAUGACAAGAUUCGAAGCACAAGUUUUCAGGUUCAAGGAGGUGGCAAUGCAGGGAACGCCUUGACUUGUGCAGCUCGUUUAGGUCUAUCUCCAAGAAUUAUAUCAAAGGUUGGAGAUGAUUCUCAAGGGAAAGCAAUACUGGAAGAGUUUGAAGCUGAUGGGGUCGAUACAUCGUUUAUGGUGGUUUCGAAAGGCGGCCAUUCGACAUUCUCAUACGUCGUUGUUGAUAGUCAAACGAAAACUCGCACUUGCAUUUACACUCCAGGAUAUCCACCCAUGAUACCUGAGGAUUUAUCCAAAUCGAAUUUGUCAUCAGCUCUGGAUGAUGUGAGACUUGUAUAUUUUGAUGGAGUAUUGCAAGAAGCUGAAUUGUUAUCAGCUUUAGUUGUGGCCCGAGAGGCACAUCAGAGGAAUAUACCUAUUGUAGUUGAUGCAGAAAGUAAAAGAGAAAGGGUAGAUGACCUUCUGAACUUGGCAACUUAUGUCGUAUGCUCCGCGAGAUUUCCACAGGCAUGGACAGGGAACCCUUCAGUCCCAGAUGCUCUUGUUUCUGUACUUCUAAAGUUGCCAAACGUCAAAUUUGUAAUUGUGACAUUGGGUGAAGAUGGAUGCAUGAUGCUAGAAAGAUCUGAAGCUGAAGAUCUCCAGUCUGAAGAAAGUGAUGUCAAGGAAUUGUUCAAGAAAAUGAAGAAGAGCAUUGAUACUGACUCAACCAGUGCAACAUGCAUAUCCUCGGAUAUCACACAAUUGCAUGCAAAAGGCAUUGGAACAGUGAGCGGGAGGCUGCUUCUAGGAACAGCUGAAAAGAUACCGCCAUCAGAACUAGUCGAUACAACUGGUGCAGGCGAUGCAUUUAUUGGAGCAGUGCUGUAUGCUCUCUGCACCAAUAUGCCACCAGAAAGAAUGUUGACAUUUGCUUCUCAAGUGGCAGGUAUCGGGUGUAGGGCAUUGGGAGCAAGAGCUGGUCUUCCCCAUAUAACGGACCCUCGUUUGAGACCCCUUUUAGUGAACGAUCCCCAAAACAUGGCGACAUUGUUAUAGAACAAAACACAAGUCAAAGUUGUUGUCAACUUGGGAUUUUUCUUUGUCUAGACAUAUAUUCUGCUACAUUUUGUAACAUUUUAUGUGUGAGAUUUUGGCCAUUGAGCAAAGACUUUCAAACUUUGUAGCAAAAAAAUGAAUUCUAAUGUGAAAACAGCCUUUAGUGAAUGGACAUCUAGUCGGGCAAAAUUCGGAAAUAA